ACAAUUCGAAUUUCGGAGAAUUUUACAUCUCUACUAGACAAAUUUCUUAAAAAAAAUAUUUAUAUAUAUUGUAACGUUUUAUAAAUUUUAAUAAAGUUACAAGUUUGGUUACAUUAAACAGCGAGUGAGGUUUUACAUCAAAGUAACAGAAGAUAACUAUCAAGAUGAGUAGAUCCACUUCUGUCAGUGCUCAGUAUGUUCCGCUUUUGGACAGCGAUAAGAAGUCGCCUCGUUUUCUGUUAAAUUGGGUCUAUGAUGAACUUGGUAUUCAGCUCGAGGAUCUCUGCGUGAUGAAGACCGGCGUCAUCUACUGUCAGUUGGUGCACAAACUCUUUCCCCAAGUGAUGGAUCUGAAUAAGGUGAUCUUCAAUUGCACUUUGUCCGUUGAAAUCGAUAAAAAUUUUUGCCUAUUGCAUCUUGCAUUUGCCAAGCUACGCAUCUUUCGGGAUGCAGCGCAGCAGGAGUGCAUUAAAAGGUUGACCAACAAAAAGUUUUUGCUCUGGUUUCAUAAAUUUUACAUGCACAACAAGAAGAACACGGAAGAACGAAUCAGUAGAAAGUCGCGUCGUUUAUCGAACGAGCAAGUGAAACGCAGCAGCAGCAUCGUGAUCCCCUCCAACCCAGCAGAUCAGCAGGGAUCACACAAAAUUCGUGUGGCGCCGCGUUCACAGAGUCUGGUCAAUAGGCCGGAGAUGCUAAGUAAAGAUGCAGCAUCUUCAUUGGCUGCUGAGCCUUGCAUGAUGGAUUUCGUCUCGAGGAUUCCUAAGCUCCGCUUGACCAAAUGGAAAAAAGUCGAGACUGACUCCAUGGGAAACAGCUAUCAGAUGUUCGCCACAUCAUCGAAUGAGGCAUCAAAAGAGAUCAUAGAGAUCUUUUUCAAUAAAUUUCAGACAGCAGGGAAAUCCAUUUCACAGAAAGAGUCUGCAAAUAAUGAUGCUCCAAAGCAGGAAGAGUUGUCGAAUAAAGAUCAUUCUAAGCAGGAAUAUUUAAACAAUGGGGCUUCAAAUCUGGAAGUAUGCUCAAACAAUGACGCUUUUAAGCAGGAGUGUUCAAAUAAUAAUGCUCCAAAGCAGAAGUCCUUAAGCAAUGAUGCUCCAAAGCAUGAAGAGGUUUCAAAUAAUGAUGUUCCAAAGCGGGAGUCUCCAAACAGUGAUAAUUCUAAGCAGGAAUCUUUAAGCAAUGAUGCUCCAAAGCAAGCAUCCGUAAACAAUGAUCCUUCAAAGCAGGAGGAGUCUUCAAACAAAGAUGCUCCAAAUCAGGCAUGUUCAAAAAAAGAUGCUUCAAAGCAAGCAUCCUUAAACAAUGAUCCUUCAAAGCAGGAGGAGUCUUCAAACAACGAUGCUCCAAAUCAGGCAUCUUCAAAAAAAGAUGCUUCAAAGCAAGCAUCCUUAAAUAAUGAUCCUUCAAAGCAUGCUUCUUCCUCAAGCAAUGAUGCAUUAAAGCAGGAAGAAGCUUCAAAUAAUGGUUUAAAGCAGGAGCCUUCAAAAAAAGAUAAAGAUAAAGUGUCAGAUAAAGUGUCACCAAUGACAGAUGUCGAUGCGAUGGUCGAUCCUAGGAUCAGCAGAGACCACCUGGACUCAAUUGUCAAAACUCUGCGCUCCUCUGCUGCUGAUGAUGAUGAUGGCCAUGGUGAAGCAAUUUUCGAGCUGAACGAACGGAAUAAUAGACUUGAGGAGAUAGUCAAUAAGAUAAGGGGCUAUGUUACCGACACAUCGCUAAAAUCCAAUAAGGCAGUGUAUAAGACCCGCAAGACUUUGUACUUGUAUUAUAAGAGCAGGCCUGAGCUGGAUCACGAAUUUUAAGCACCGCAGCAAUUCUUCGUUUAUUCUAGUUCUUCUUUUUACUCAUUUUCUGUGAAAUUUUGAUGUUGUGAUCGUUUCUAAAGCUGACAACAACUUAAUGUUAAUUCGUUACAACGCAAACAAAAUAAUUAAAUUAGAUAUGAUGAAAAAUUAAAAUAAAAACGUAAAAAAAUAAAAAUA